AUGAAGUCCCGUAAUGUCCCUGGCCCCAGCCUGGCCGCGAAGAGAAUAAAACGGAGAAGCAACGUUCGAAUCGCUUUGCUGCCUCUCGGUUUCGUUCUCUCCGAAAGCCGCUGUGAUCACGGAUCGUUCCUGGAGCACAGACCUGCCCAGCGCCGAGCAUGCGGCGCCGAAAGGGAGCCCCAAAACAGCCCCGAGUGCUCCCCCUCGAGUGGCAAAACCCCAAAAUCACUCUCCAGCCACACGCCCCAUCCGGACGUGUCUGGGGAUCGGAGGGACCCCGCUAACCCCGCUGUGCUCUCUCCGCCAGGUUACAGCACCGUGGCCUUUGACGGCACCCCCAGCUACGGGCACACGCCGUCCCACCCCGCCGCUCAGUUCACCAACCACUCCUUCAAACACGAGGACCCCAUCAGCCAGCAGCCCUCCCUAGGGGACCAGCAGUACUCGGUGCCUCCGCCGGUGUACGGCUGUCACACGCCGACCGACAGCUGCACGGGCAGCCAGGCGCUGCUCCUCCGGACGCCCUACAACAGACACACAGCGGGAUAUGAAAAUGAGAACCACAGUGCUCCCAUGUUGUACAGCUGUGGGGCCCAGUACAGAAUACACACCCACGGGGUCUUCAGAGGCAUACAAGACGUGCGGCGCGUGCCCGGCGUGGCUCCCACCAUCGUGCGCUCGGCCAGCGAGACCAACGAGAAGCGUCCCUUCAUGUGUGCCUACCCUGGCUGCAACAAGAGAUACUUCAAGCUGUCCCACUUGCAGAUGCACAGCAGAAAGCACACUGGUGAGAAACCCUACCAGUGUGAUUUCAAAGACUGUGAAAGAAGAUUUUCUCGUUCAGACCAACUCAAAAGGCACCAAAGACGACACACAGGUGUGAAACCCUUUCAGUGUAAAACCUGUCAGAGAAAGUUCUCCAGAUCUGAUCAUCUGAAGACUCAUACCAGGACUCAUACAGGUAAAACAAGUGAAAAGCCUUUCAGUUGCCGGUGGCCCAGCUGUCAAAAAAAAUUUGCCAGGUCUGAUGAAUUAGUUCGUCAUCACAACAUGCACCAGAGGAACAUGACUAAACUGCAGUUGGCCCUUUAG